CUUCGAACCUGUAAUGUAACACGAGCUUAACUUGUUGGUAGUUUGGCACGUUGUGAUGUGGUUUGUCAAGCUUCCAUAAGCUUCUUUUUCUCAUAAAGGUGUAUUUUAUUGUGGUGAAUAAUGCUCGAUCUUUUUACAAUAUUUAGCAAGGGCGGCAUAGUGCUUUGGUGCUUCCAGAGCACGUCACAUAUUUUUGCGCCCAGUGUUAAUGCUCUGAUUAGAAGUGUCAUAUUGCAGGAGCGUACAGGGACUCAAAGCUUUGAGCAUGAUUCUCUGAGGUUGCAGUACAAACUCGACAAUGAAUUUGAGCUAGUAUUUGUGGUGGCAUAUCAAAAGAUAUUGCAGUUAUCUUAUGUGGACAAAUUUUUAAAUGACAUCCAUCUAGAGUUUAGAGAUCGUUUCAAGAAUGAGCUUGAGAGGUCAAAUUGGUUUACACAUUUUGAGUUUGAGCCUGUGUACCGUGUGUUACUUGAAAAGGCCGAGCAGUGGUCGCGGAUACAAGCUAAAAUACCGAAGCAAAUGCGCACUUUUGAUGAAAGUCAGAAGUCCAAGAAAACUGUUGCUAGCAUGAUUGAGAAGAAAAAUGAAAAGGAUGAUAAGAAGUCAAGUACAAAGAAGAAAGUCAUUAAUUCUAAUGGGGAUUAUGCAAAACUUCAAGAAAUUACAAAGCAGGAGGUGCCAAAACAGACAGUAGUACAUAAUGGAGAACUUGAAGAGGAUGUACUGAUUGCCAAUCGUAUGAAACUUGCACAGAAGAUGGUAGGACAAAAGAAAAAAGCUGAUAAACAGAAAAGUCCUAAACCUGAAAAGGCUGGUAAAAAACCACGCAUUUGGGAUUUGAGUGGAACAGCUAAGGAUCUUGCUACACUGGAACGUACUAAAGAUAAGCCUGAAAAGAGUGACGAUUAUAUAGCAGCUAAUAGAGCUCUAGUUGGACAGAUGAAAGGUGGUAUACGCGAUCUGGAAGUUGACAGCGAAUCUGAAGACGAUUACGAUCAAGAGUAUUCUAAGCCGCAAGUGCAAAAAAAGACAAGCAUGUUCUCCAUGUUCAAAAGUUUAGUCGGCAGUAAAUCUCUAAAGCAAGAAGAUAUGUUACCAGUUUUGGAGAAGUUGAAGGAUCAUCUAAUUGCCAAAAAUGUUGCCGCCGAUAUUGCUCAAAAAUUAUGUGAUUCUGUCGGAAUGAAGCUAGAAGGAAAAGUGUUAGGCACUUUUGACAGCAUAACUAAUAUAGUGAAGACUACUUUAAUAGAUGCCCUGAUGCAAAUACUUUCUCCCAAAAGAAGAAUCGACGUUUUGCGAGAUGCUUUAGAGGCAAAGAAAAAUAAUAGGCCUUAUGUAAUGACAUUUUGCGGUGUAAAUGGAGUUGGCAAAUCAACGAAUUUGGCGAAAAUUUGUUUCUGGUUGAUAGAAAAUAAUUUUCGUGUGUUGAUUGCCGCAUGCGAUACGUUUAGAGCCGGAGCUGUCGAACAACUAAGAACGCACAUGCGACAUCUAAAUGCCUUGCAUCCGCCAGAGAAAUACGGAAAUCAGUCAAUGGUGCAGCUAUACGAGAAAGGAUACGGCAGGGAUGCCGCUGGCAUUGCUAUGGAAGCGAUUCGUUUCGCAAAAGAUUCCAAUUUUGAUAUUGUCUUAAUCGAUACCGCAGGCAGGAUGCAGGAUAACGAACCUUUAAUGCGAGCUUUGACAAAAUUAAUAAAAGUAAACGAGCCAGACUUAGUGUUAUUCGUCGGAGAAGCUCUUGUCGGCAAUGAAGCUGUGGAUCAACUGAUGAAAUUCAAUCAAGCCUUGGCUGAUUACAGUCAGUCUGCCAACCCUCAUGUUAUUGACGGUAUCGUAUUGACGAAAUUUGAUACGAUUGAUGAUAAGGUCGGAGCUGCUAUUACAAUGACAUAUACUACAGGUCAACCGAUUGUUUUUGUUGGAACUGGUCAAACUUACACGGAUUUGAAAUCAUUAAAUGCUAAAGCUGUGGUGCAUGCUUUGAUGAAAUAAAUGUUACAAUAAAUAAA